AUGGCUCCCUCACGAGACGUCGACGCCGAGAAGAUCGAGGCCGCGGCCGGUGAGAUCGAAAAUGUCAUCCCCGCUGAGGAACACGCCCGCAUGACGCGGCGUGUGCUACUCAAGAUGGACACCAGAAUCCUCCCCAUCCUCGCACUGCUCUUUCUAUGCUCCUUCCUCGACCGUACCAACGUGGGCAAUGCCAAGAUUAUCGGUCUCGAAAAGGAUCUCGGUAUCACCAACCAGCAGUACAACACCGGCCUGGCUGUUUUCUACGCAACAUAUAUCCUUAGCGAGCUACCGUCGAAUCUCGUGAUGAAGCAUAUGACGCCCAAAGUAUGGCUGCCGCUGCUGACCGUUGCUUGGGGCAUCAUCACCAUGUGCCUGGGUUUCGUGCGGAAUGUGGGAAGCUUCAUCGCUGUUAGAGCUUUGCUGGGUAUUGCUGAAGGCGGCCUGCUUCCCGGCAUGGUGUUGUACCUCUCCGGAAUGUACACUCGAGGGGAGAUGGCCUUGCGCAUAGGGCUCUUCUACACAGCAGCUUCUUUGUCUGGCGCGUUCGGUGGUCUAUUGGCACGUGGACUGUCCGCUAUCGGACCUCGCGGCAACCUUGAAGGCUGGAGAUGGAUCUUCAUCAUCGAGGGGCUCUUGACUGUUGUUUGCGGCGUAAUUGCAUACUUGUUUCUGCCCAGCAAUCUCGCCACUGCGUCCUUCAUGAAACCGGAGGAGCGAGCAUUUGCCAUCAAUAGGCUCUCCGGGCAUGCGCACAUGGGCGGACCUGAGGGUGAAAGAUUCAACACGGCUCUCGAACGAGAGGAACGCUUCAAGUGGUCCGAAGUCCGUCGCGGUAUCCUCAAUCUCCAAGUUUGGUUCACUGCGACGGCUUACUUUGCCAUCUUGGCCGGACUGUACUCGUUUGGUCUCUUUUUGCCGACGAUUAUCAAUGACAUGAAAAUAACAAAGAAUGCGAAUCAGACUCAGCUGUGGUCCGUCAUUCCGUACGCGGUGGCAACUCCAGUGACAGUGCUUGUUGCGUUUAUUUCCGAUCGCCUUAGACUUCGAGGUGUCGUCAUGCUCUUCACUCUGCCCAUUUCCAUCGCAGGCUACGCCACCAUUGCGAAUGUCUCGGCUGCCAAGGUGCGCUUUGGCAUGACCUGUCUGAUGGCCCUGGGCAUGUACAGCAGCGUGCCUUGUGUGCUGGGUUGGAAUUCGAACAACUCUGCGGGCCAUUACAAGAGAGCUACCACCUCUGCUCUUCAGCUGGCUAUUGCUAAUGCUGGAGGAUUCGUUGCUACAUUCGUAUAUCCCAGCGUUGAUGGUCCGCUUUACCACAAGGGCCAUACCAUCAUUCUUGGCUUGUUGGUGUAUGCCUGGUUUGCCAUUCUCGCAAACGUGCUUCACUGCAUGAAAAUCAACAAGGACAAGAGAAACGGAAAGUACGCUCACGCGAGGCUUGCAUUUGCCGCUGCCGAGAUUGAUAACAAUGAUAAGACGAGGAGUCGAUGGCGCUUCGAGGCAUCAGCCGUCAUUGGCGGCGCUGCUGGCAACGUGAUUGGAGGGCUCGCCAGUGCGCAAGUGAGCGGCGCCAAGUACACUAUGGAGAACGCUAUCAUCGAUGCUGCGGUAGGCGCCCUGGGCGGGUAUGCUGGUGACUUUGUGAAGCCCUCCGCCACUCGUUACGCCGCCGGGUUCAAGUUCCGUGGGAACAACCUCAGCGAGAUGGGCCAGAAGGCUCUGGCCGCGGGUAUCGGCGGUGCCGUCGACAGCGGCACGCAAGCCAUCGCUCGACCCCUGUUCACGGGCGAGCCCAUUAACCCUCUGAAAGUGGUUGGUUCCAUGGCUGCUGGGUUCGCCGUCGGGUUCGUCCUCAAAACGUACGCCAAGGAGACGGCCAAGGCGCAAUAUGCGGCGCUCUCGCCUCGUGCCAUGGCGGCCGCGCGCCAAUUCCUGUCUCGGGUCCGCUCCAGGAUGCAGGCCGCCAAUCCAGGCGAGAUCAAGAUGCUGACCGCCGAGUCUAUAGAGAUGGUGGCCUUUGCGUCUGGUCGCAGUGGUUCUGUCAACGGUAGCAUGUCAAACUUAGCUUUCUCCAUGGCAGUGUCGCGUGUUGGACUUUGA